ACAUCGGUCUUUCGAUCAAAACCUAGAAGCAACUGUAUAUUGUGGGUCCGCAAAGAAUGCGGCUAUCGGGGACUGACGCUUGACCUCCGGAGAAUGAUUUCUCGUGAUGAUCGGCGCUCAGACGCUGAAUUCCCACGCAAGCUCUCAUCAUCGAAGCUGUGUCGGGAGAUAAGCUUGUUCACGGGUCCGGAAGCCGGACUCGAGUGAGAGAGCGAGAGCUUCCCCCGAUACGCUAUGUGUUCCGUGGAAGUGAGCGGUCGAAUCUGUUGCGUCAAUCUUCCGCUGAGCGUGUACACGGUUCUCAAGGAUCUUCGCCUGCUUCGUUGCUGGAUCAGGGAACUGCCCAAACCCCCAUUACCUCCACUCGAGGUGACCCUCGAACGAUACCUCUCCUGCCUGGAGGCAGUUGUAUCCAAAAAUCAAUUCGAUGAAACGAAGAAAAUUGUCAACGAUUUUGCGAAAGGAGAUGGAAUCGCCUUGCAUCGACUCGUCGAGAAAUUAGCGCAGGAAAAAGAAAACUGGGCGACUUCCGUAUGGCUCCCUGAGAUGUACUUGCUGAAUCGCUUGCCACUCCCGGUCAAUCAGUCAGCGUUCUUCCUUUUUCCUCGGCAAAAUUUCAAAACUUUCCGGGAUCAGAUCUUAUUCAGUGCGCAACUCCUACACUUCGCCUUAGAGUUCCAGAGGCUUAUCGAAACAGAAACUCUAGACCAAGACUUCUCAAGGGCCGUUCACGUGAAGAGGUCGCCCCUGUGCAUGGACACCUAUUCGAAUUUUUUCAAUUCGUAUCGCCGCCCUGGUGUAGAAAUCGACUACCAGCUCAAUAAUAAACGGGAUCCGAAGUACCACAAGAGCGUUGUGGUCAUCCACCGCAAGCAGUUCUAUUUCCUCGAUCUGAGCUCUGAUCCGUCGAUAGAUUCGAUUGCAACUGCGUUGAACAAAAUCCGAACAUCUUCGACCACGGACGAAAAUACUCCCGUAGGCGCUCUAACGACACAACCGCGAGACAAAUGGGCUCAUCACUACGAAUUGUUGCGCAAGGACAACACGGCACACAUGGAGGCUCUAGAACGAUGCCUUCUCGUCCUUUGCCUCAACGAAUCAACACCCCCGUCGAAGCAAGGAUUGAGUCGCACCGAUCAAUGUGAAGAUCUCCUGCAUGGCAAAGGUGUCAAUUCGUGCAAUCGCUGGUAUGACAAAACCUUGCAGGUUAUGGUUGGUGUCGACGGCGUGACCGGAGUAGUGAUGGAACAUUCUCAAUCGGAAGGAAUCACACUCCUACGUUUCAUGGAAGAUUUCCUCGCCCGACAAGCUAAGAAUGGAGUUCAUAAUGUCGACUGGAGCGCAGCUCCUUGCCCAUUCGAAAGAAUGCAGUGGAAACUGUCACCGACUCUCACGCAGGCCAUCGUUCUCGCGAGAGAAGACGUUCAGAAACUGGUUGACGACGUGGAUCUAUACGUUUUGCACUUCAAAGACUUCGGGAAAGCACUCCCGAAAUCCAAGAAGAUUAGUCCAGAUGUUUUCGUGCAGUUGGCCCUGCAACUCACGUACUACAAAGUACACCGCAAAUUGGUUACCACCUACGAGAGUGCAUCGUUGAGGCGAUUCCGACUCGGCAGAGCGGACAACAUCAGGGCGGCGACUAAGCAAGCGUUGCAAUGGGUCGAAGCGAUGUGCGACGAGCAUCAGGAGACACAAGAACAAAAACACGAACUCUUCCGAGAAGCAGUCGAGGCACAAACUGCUAUUCUGAAAUACACGAUCACGGGCAAUGGUCCAGACAAUCACAUGUUGGCCAUGCGGGAAAUAGCGAAGAAAAUACAACUCAAAACGAGACUGUUCAACGACAAAUCCCAUCAGACUUUCUGGAACUUCCAACUCUCCACGAGUCAGCUUCCAAACGACUCGAACAUAAUUGUUGGCUAUGGAGCUGUGGUGCCCGACGGGUACGGAUGCGCUUACACGAUAAAUGAGAACGAUAUUGUGUUCAGCGUGGCUUCUUUCGACUCAUCUUCUGCGACUUCGAGCGACUUUUUCGCACUCAGCCUCGAAUGUAGUUUGAACCAGAUGCGGGAACUGUGCAAUCUGGGAGCGAAAGCUCAGUGAGACUGUUGAUUGUUGUUAUCGUCAUCCGAACGAAACCUGUUGUGUUCACGUUUAAUUUAUUAUCACUCGAACACGAGUAUACUCGCCAGAGUCUCUCGUUCCCUGCUCCUUUUUGACCUUGUUGAUCUUUCGAAAACGUGAUAUGUCCAUGCUUGUUGUCAUGAAUCCGCAACAUCAUUGUAUCUGUCGGCUUUACAAGAAGAUUCGGGAUAUUACCCUUGUUGAGUUCGGUGUUGGGAGAAACGAAACCGCAUCGACAUACCGACAGUGACGCCUGCCGUCAAAGAUAUUUUAGGGAUGCAUCUUCAUAUAUAUUUAUAGUUAUACCUGUAUACAUACAAAGCCUUCGAACGUCACAAGUUGUUCACAUAAAAUGACGUUUCUCU